CGACUGAAACGGUUCUCUGAACGUUGUUACGUGCUUCUACUUUUUUUUUCUCUGCCAACGAAUAAAAAACCAUUCGGCACUCCACCCGGUACGUGUGAAAUGGUGAAGUAAUAACAUUCAUAACCAUGCCGCGACGAUUUGUUGUUUAGUGUUAUCACAAACAUCCAGCCAGCGUCUUCAUAAAGGAAUUCAAUCUUGAAGAAUUCUAUUUCCUCACUCCAGUUGUGCGUGCCUUUGAACCAUGUGCUAAAUGUAAAUUAGGCAGGGAAACCAGGUUCUAGUCAAGUUUGGUGUUCGAUUUUUUGAUAAACCGGUCGGCGACCUCAGAAUUAAGGAAGAGGUUCAAAGCAAGCAACUGCUAUUUUUGGACCCCUAUAAAACCAAUGUUUUCGGUGUGUGUUGGUGUUUUUUUUCAACCUUUGUUUUCUCUUCAGUUCAACUUCGAAGCUUAAGCAUCAGUGACUAGCUCUAGAAACGCUUGACAAAGUAGAACACGGGAAUUAGUUCACAAGAUCAACAAGUGAACAGGGAAGUUUAUCACUAAGUGCAAUUAUUCCACACAACCUUGAGAAGGCUGAGAUCACUUGGGAGUAGCUACAUGCAAUCGCUACGCAAAUCAACUCGCGCGUAAUUUGUGACACGCCAUCACAACGUGAAGCUUAAAACGGUUGACAGUAAAUCAAACUCGUCUAACUUUGCUGUUAUUGUUGUUUCGCUUUCCUUAUGAUUUAAAGUUGCUUCGUGCCUUUUAAAAAUCGACAACCGCUGCAACACUUAAAAGAAGGAAAAAUGAGCGGUUUAGAACGAGUCAACGAUUUAGAUGAUACUAAAUUAUUCGGAGCCGUUCCGGAGUCGAUCGAACAGGAUCACCUAGCACUGCUGAAGAGCAACCAGCAGCGGUCGUCGUCGCCCGAAGAGAACGAUAAAAGUUCAGGGAUAGGAAGCGAGGAGGGCAGCAUCACCAACUUGAAUGUGGUUGACCAGGGACACUCGAAUCAUCAGACAUCAUCAGCCAGCGAUAAGGGGAAAGAUGAACUUUUUGCUAAAUCACCGAUCAGCGCAUCAGCCGCUGCUUCAGAAAAUGAGAAUAAUGGCCAUAUCUCAUCGGCGGCUAGUGAUGAGCCGGGCGGAAGUCGCCAGACCGUAGUUAUCGACAUCGAAAGUGAUGGAGGUAUCAUACUAGACACCAGUAUGAGUUUCGAAGACACUGUACAACAGCUUCGCACAUCAUUCGUCAAUGGGAAAACACGGAAUGUGGAAUUUAGAUUACAACAGCUGAAAAAUCUCCUUCGAAUGUACGAGGAAAAUGGCACCGAGAUGGCUCACGUCUUGGCCGCGGAUUUGCGCAAACACAAACAGGAAGCAUUUGUUAUGGAGAUCGAUUUCCUAAUCAACGACCUGCGCAACAUAAUCUACAAUCUGCGCGAGUGGGUCAAACCGGACAAACCGGAGAAGUCGAUUGUCAACAUGCUGGACGGGGUGCACAUCUACAAGGACCCUUUCGGGGUGGUACUGGUGAUCGGCGCUUGGAACUAUCCGCUGCAGCUGACCCUUGUUCCGGUAGCCGGUGCCAUUGCCGCCGGAAACUGUGUGGUAAUCAAGCCGAGCGAAAUCGCGGCAGAAACGUCAAAGUUCAUUGCUCGAACCAUUCCAAAGUAUCUGGACCCGGAAUGUUUCCGAGUGAUCGAAGGAGGGCCGAAAGAAACUUCGGAACUUUUGCGGCAGAAAUUCGACUACGUUUUCUACACCGGUUCCAGUCGUGUCGGAAAGAUAGUGCAUCAAGCCUGUAGUGAAAAUCUUACGCCUUGCACCUUGGAACUGGGAGGAAAGAGUCCCUGCUAUGUUGAUAAUACAGUAGAUAUAGCUAUAGCUACGAAACGGAUCCUGUGGGGUAAAUUUAUCAAUGCCGGGCAGACCUGUAUUGCUCCGGAUUACGUGCUGUGCACAAAAGAAGUUCAGGAUAAAUUUGUGGAGGAGUCGAAGAAGAUUUUGAAUGAAUGGUAUGGAACUAACCCCAAAGAUAGUCCCGAUCUUUGCCGAAUUAUUAAUCAACAGCAUUUCCAGCGAUUGAGUUCGAUGAUUAAAGGUUCAAAAGUGGCCAUAGGUGGAGAGCAGGAUUCUUCAGAGAAGUACAUUUCUCCCACGAUUCUCGUAGACGUUAGUCCGAACGAUCCUGUGAUGCAGGAUGAAAUUUUCGGGCCAAUCCUACCCAUCGUGAAUAUCGACAACGCGUAUGAUGCCAUCCGAUUCAUCAAUUCCAGGGAAAAACCACUAGCAAUGUAUAUCUUCAGUAUGAAUGCUAAGGACCAACAAUUGUUGGUAUCUAACUCUUCAAGUGGUGGCAUCUGUAUAAAUGAUACAAUUUUACACUUAUCAGUUGAAACGCUACCCUUCGGUGGAGUGGGGCCAAGCGGAAUGGGUGCCUACCAUGGCAAAUUCUCGUUCGACACCUUCACCCACAAAAAGUCCUGCCUGACCAAGGACUACAACAUGAUCGGCGAAAAGCUGGCUGCCUCUCGGUAUCCACCUUACUCGGAUUCCAAGCUAUCGUUCUUGACGAUGCUGCUCAAGAAAAGACAAGGAAUAAAUACUAAAUAUUUGCCAUAUUUGUUUAUGUUUGGAAUUGGUGUAGCAUCUACGCUGAUAGUAAACACUCUCAUUAAGGACGAUGAUUGAACCGGUCGGAGUAACGAUUUGCGGUACACGAGCACGUCGUAAGUGAGUGCUGCCCAAUAACUGGGCGUGUCAGGGGUAAACUUACUGUCACAAAUUGACUGUAAGUGGUGUUUUUCUUUUUGUGAUAAGUCUACAUCAUAGAAAACUUUUUAAAAUGUAGGGCAAGGGUGGCUACAUCAAGUGGAUUUCUUAUAAUGGUCGAUUACUUGUUAAUUUUUAAUAGAUUUUUUAAAUUUUAUCUUUUCAACUUUUCAAGAAAUGACUCGUAGUAUAGAGGCAUUCGUGUAGAAGUACGUUUAUUUAUAUGAAAGAGAAAAAAAUGGAACUUCAAUUCAGGGAGUUUAAAUUGAUUAAUAAAUAACGAAAAAAUA